AGGACCCGCCUCCCGAAGUGGGAGCGACCAAUCUGGAAGCUUUCGCCGCAUAUCAAAGUAAUCUCGUUAAAUGCGAACCGAAGGGAGUUAAAUAUUCAUUCUGUCAAAACGCGGUUAAAUGGUUCGCACCUAGUGAAAGGUUGGCGCGUCCGGGAAAGUCGUGUAGUGGCGCUGCCGUCGGCGGUUUCGUCUGUGAUAACAUGUGUCCGCGCGGACGGUGAUUUUCGUACGGGGACAUGGAGGACAAUUGCACGAUGAGGCCUUGCGCCACGGAUUUCAGCAUAGCGGCUAUCAUGUCGCGGCACGGCAGGGCCAGGACGGCCAGGUGUAGGGAAAGGGAUCCUCCGGACACCCUGUCUCCGUUAGAAAAGUUCGUGGAGACUUCAUCCCCCGUACCUUCCACCCCCGAACCCGUAGGCUUAGACUGUACUAUAGUGAGUGCGGACAAUGAGAGUGGCCGCGAUUCCCCGGUCGACGUUUCGUCCACGUCGGAAUCAGGCCUUCCCUCCCAGUCGCAUUCGACCGGGCGGCGGUCUCCCAACAAGAACCCCCUGCUGCAGGAAAAGUGCACCUGCGAGGAGUUGAGGAAUGUCACCUGCCACUUAGAAACUAAAGAACUCUGGGACAAGUUCAACGACCUCGGGACUGAGAUGAUCAUCACAAAGACUGGGAG